GGAUCGCGGCGAUUCACACACCGAUCGACCGCCAACUGACCGCCGGGACGCCAUGGAUCUGCUUAUGCUAGUCAACCUGAUCGCCUUCUGCUGCAUUUCUGGCCUGUCUGCGGCCUCGUACCCCUACAAGCCCUACUGCCUGCCAUGCGUGCCUCGUAACUGUGGCAGGCCCCGUGACCCCUGGGACGGGCUGCCCGGACGCACCUACGGCGGCGCAAACUCCACGAGGGGGCGCUACCCAUGGCACGCCAUUGUCUACGCCGACGGUGCCCCUGUCGGCGGCGGCGCCCUGGUCUCCUGCAACUUUGUCCUGACUACGGCCCACCUCGUGCAAGACUACCGUCCAACUAAGCUUCAGGUGAAGCUUGGCAAGGUCGACCUGGACAAAGAAUCUCCCACGGAGCGCACUUACGCCGUGUACCGGCGUGUGCUGCACCCCCGCUGGGACCCCGAGCGCGACAUGUACAGCUACGACCUGGCCCUGCUGCAACUGGAGCGCGAGGUGGACUUCGGCUCGACCAACGGCUUCAUCAACCCCGUCUGCCUGCCGGAGCCACGCGUCGACGUUCAAGGCUGGCUGACGCUCACCGGCUUCGGAUACGACGACAAAGGCCGCCGCAACAACGUGAUGCAAGAAGUGAACAUUGAGAAGCUCGGCGGCGACCAGUGCCCCCUGUUCAGGAACAAGCCCUACGCCUUCUGCGCACUGGGCAAGAAAGCCGGCAUCUGCACGGGCGACCGCGGCUCCCCGGUAGUGCAGAUGGCGCCGACCGGUGAAUUCACGCUCGUGGGCGUCGCCAACGACUACCAGUGCAAGGCGGGAGGAAGCGACGUCUACACGCAGAUCUCGUACUUCCUCACGUUCGUGUGCAACGUUCCCGUCGAGGUCUAAGACGCGCCAAGCCCAGCGCCCGAACCUCUCAUCGCCAUCCGCAUUGUCGCUAUGCUUGUACAAGUCCCAUACGCCGCUGCGCGCGCAGUCACCUCGCCUCAUCUCAAGCCACCUGUAUAGACGAGACCAUACUUCGCAAAUCGGUGUAACGCGACUGGUCGAUCAAUAAACAAAAGCUGGGCGUAUA